CGCACGAAAGGGCGCCGGUGAACCCUGAUUCCGUCGCGAUUGCAAAGCCUUGCUGCGUCACCAGGGGAUGGAGUCAAAGGAGGGUGGGGCUCCUCAAAUGGACGCUGUCCUGCUUGCCACUCUCAUCAACCAUCCAACGCGCCGGCCAUAGCCAUGAGACUAUGUACCUUGACCGCAGCCAGCGCCAUCGUGGCUGGUCUUGCCUUGGCCCACGGCCCAUCGACCCGUGAAGAGGUCGAGGCAUUUCAUGCUCGCCAGGCAUCAGCCUAUCACUGCGCCCCCGCCGUCGCUGCCCUGACAGCGCAGCGCAAGCGCAAUUGGGCACAAAAGGUCUUGGGCGGUGCACCCCUCGCCAUGAAGCAGUACUUCGUCGACAGCGGCACCAAGGAAUCGGAGCAAGGCAAGCAGAUCAUGGCAUGUGACCCGGUGCAAGAGACGAGCAUACGCAACUCGACUUGUGUGUUGGCGCCAGAGACGACCGAGGGUCCCUACUACCACUCGGAGGGCCACCCUAUCCGCUCUAACAUGGCAGAGAAUCAGCUCGGUCUGCUCUUCCUCAUGAACGUCGGCGUCAUCGAUGUCGAGACGUGUGAACCGGUGCCCAACGUCCUCGUCGACCUGUGGAUGGCCAACGCGACGGGAUAUUACGCCGGUCAUCCAAGCCCAAAGAAGGGUCUAGAGAAUGAGGUGCCCGCUCAGACGGGAAAGCGCAAGGGACUCCUCUCGGCGUAUCCUCGAGAUGAGGGACCCGUUGGAAAGGAGACGUGGCUGAGGGGAGCUCUUCCGACCGAUCAGAACGGCGUCACCGAGUUCACGUCCGUCUUCCCUGGCUACUAUACAGGCCGAGCAACGCACGUUCACGUCAAGGUGCAUCCAGAAUGGACAGCGUUGCCCAACGGUACCUUUACAAGCGGCAGGCUAGUGCACACGGGCCAAUUCUUCGUUGAUGACGACCUCAAUCAGCAGAUCGACAAGCUGCAGCCGUACAACGAAAAUCCGCUCCUUCGCCCAGGCAAGGGCGGCCGCACACGCAACUGGGACGACUCUCUACAGAUCUUCCAGACCUCCCGCGAGGGCACAUCUGACCUCAGUCCACCCCUCGUCACUCGCUCUCACAGCUUCGACAACGGGUAUAUGCCCAUGUUCGACAUCGAGUUCCUCGGCGGUGUCCUACAGCAAGGAUUGAUUGGCUACGUCACCAUGGGUGUCAACAUGAGUGCUAGCUACGAGGGCGUGUGGUCGCCAGAGAGUGGGCGAGGUGGUGCGGUCAAGCAGGUGCCCGUGGAGGAGCUCAAAGACAACAGGAGCAAGACGGAGCUGUAA